CAAUUCUCCUCUGUCAAAUCUCGCCAACGCUUUGCAUUCAAUUCUCAACACCCGCCUUUUGUUUUCUUUUACCGACCUUCGUCGCCUCUGUCGGCCCCCGUCUUCACCGCAUUGUUUUCUAACCACAGGAGACCGCCGAUCCCUGACGCCGUUCCGUUCCUGCAGCAGAGAAGCCCCGAGCCAACGCGCCCACCCACCACCACCCCCUUUCCCGCCAGACGACGACGUGACGUUCGCCCCUCCCCCUCGCCUGUCGUCUGUGCGACAGACACCUCGACACGGACACUCGACAUCCGGUCCGUCAGCAUUCCCAUUCCAGCGCCGCCGAACGAGAGCCGCCGCCGCCGCCACCGCCGACGACGACGACGACUGUAACUCCUACUCUACCACUUCCUCGUUCCCACCCACGGCGUCCCGGGACCCCUCGCUCUCCGCCUGGCCCGUCUCGUCGUCCCGCGCCCGUCGAGCGGUCACGCGUCGGCCUCUACCAUCGCACUCCAACCGACUUACACGCCCGUGAUACGCACUUGACCUACCUGGCGUACAAGCACUCUUUCUCCCUAGAACACCGCCGCCCCUCUUACACUACGACAUCGGCUACAACAUUACGUUUACGGCGUCUACUUUCCCAUGUCCCCGCGCCGGACGCCGUCGCGAAUCGAGGGACGCUUGCAACCGGGGUCACGGCACUGCUGUUGAGCCGGCGCCAUGUCUUUCCCUGUUGCCUUCCGCUCCGCCGUCUUCUACUUCGUCGCCUGCACGCCAUGUGCCAAGGUCCGCCACCGUCACAAGGCCAAGGAGCAGGCACGAAAGGAGCGGCUCGAAAAGGCCAAGCUCGAGACGGAGCAGCCCGGCCUCUACCGCCACCCUUCACCUUUUAACACCAACCCCUACUGGCAGGAGGAGAUCAGCAUGGGUCCCAGCUUGCCCAAAAAGGCCGCCAGCAAGAAUUCGAGCCAGAGGGGGCUCACAAGCUCCGGCCAGGAGAGCAGCGCUCCGAGUAUGUCGGAGCAGACUGCCGUAGGGGACAGUCGCACCAACUUUGCCGACAGCCUGUCAGCGCUUCCCGAGGACGACACCGUAUCAGAUGACUGGAACCGCCGUCGUGGUUACCAAAGAGAGGACGAGGAGCUAUGGGGCCAGGCCGGCAGCGGCUCUGGCCAUAGGUUGAUGGACGCCUUCUCCAAGGCCCGCGACUCGGCUGGCAGGCUCAUCGACGCGACCCUCGGCAUCGAGAAGGAGGUGACGGAGCAGGAGCGUCGCGACUUUUACUUUUCGCCGAGGAACCCCCCAGUCAAUGACUAUCACCCGCCCGUCGUCAGCAGCAAGCAGCCGCACCGAGACGCCCAUAAGUGGAUGCUGCAACCGCCUCCGCCCGCCAAGGUCAUGGAAGGCAAGGUGCCAGUGUCCCGGGCUAUCAGCACCGGGAGUAGGUCCAGCGGCAGGACCAUGGCGUCGGACGAGGCCCAGCUGGGCCGCAUGCUUAAGGAGAAGCUCGCCUUGGAGAGGCUGCGCAAGGAGAGCAAUCCGACAGAGACGGAGCUUAUCGAGUCCCUGUUCCUGACCCGGAGUCACCACUCGGCCACCCGCACCAGGAGCAGGAGCCUGAGCUUCAACGACUCGGACGAUUCCUUGGAUAACCCAUUUGAGAGGCGCAGGCGCACCCGGCGGCCCCCAGCGGCGCGGCCACCGGGAGCCGACUCGGACUCGGAAAACGAGGCGCCGCUGCCCAUUACACAGACGACGAGCCAAAACAGCACGUCUACGCAUGCCGCACAGCGCCCUAAACUAGAGACGAUACCGAGCACCGAUACGGGUAGCAGCAGCCGCCACUCCUCGAGGAAGGCGAUGAAGCGGCAAAAGUCGACGAGAGGCAGGGCCAAGACGUGGGUCAACUCGCCCGUCGGCGACGACACGGAAUAACACGUCCACGACGAUCCCGUGGCGUCGUCGCCGUUUGCUAAAGGAAACAAAAGCGGCCUCCUAUUUUUUUCUUUUUCUCGAAGCGUGGCACAUGGACUACGGAGUUGUUUGUUUCGGCCUCCUUUGCUGGUUUCGGUAUGCGGUUGGUGUCUGGCUCGUGCUUGGUGUCUUCUUUUGGAAAUCAUUGCAUGCGGGGUGGUUUUUUUUUUGGAUACUAGUUAACUACCCGCGCAUUCGGGGCUCAUGGGUCGGCGUCGAUGCGGAAUAUCUUGCCCUAGAGCACGGCCGUACAUUUGGCCUACGGCGCCGUGCGCAUAACAUGGUUUUCCGUUGCUCCUUG